AUGCCUAAACAUUUAACUGAAGAUGAGUGUAGAAAGUUAUUUCAACGAUUUGAUAAUGGUAAUGGAAUAUUAUCGUUGGCUGAAAUUGAUCGAGCAAUUAUCUAUUGGUAUCCUGAAUUUGGUACUAAUCGUCAAGCUAUUCUUCGUGCUUACAAAGCAGCUGAUGCGAAUGGAAGUGGAUUUGUUGAAUUUAAAGAAUUUCGUCGUUUAAUUGAUCUAUUAUAUUACUAUAAUAAAUUAAGUGAUCUAUUUGCACAAUUGGAUACAAAUAAAGAUAAAAGAAUAAAUUUUAAUGAAUUUAAAAAAGGACAUCAACUUAUGGGUCAUUCACAUAUAGAUGAACAUGGUUUAAGAGAAGAAUUUAAUCGUAUUGAUACUAAUCAUGGUGGAUAUAUUUUGUUUGAUGAAGUUUGUUAUAUUUUAUUUGGUUAUAUAUCAUAA